CUCUUUCUAACACUUAAUCUUCUCACGGCCAUGGAAGAGAACUCAAGUCAAAACGAGCUAUCGGAGACUAAGAACAUACAAGGUUUCAAUGGAGAUACAGUUCAGAAGUUUUUCAGAGUUUACAUACCAAAUCAAACCGCAGAUGACAUGAAUCUACCUUUGGUUUUGGACAAGAUCUCAGGGAAGCCUCUUCCUCGGAAGGUGACUGUUAAAAGCGUGUCCUCGGGGAACAUUUGGAGGAUGGAAAUGAAAGCAAACGGUAACACCGUGUUUCUCCGAGACGGGUGGAAAAAAAUCGUCAAGGACGAGAAUGUGACAGAGCCAAUUUUCUUGGAGUUUGAGUUCGAUGGUUCUGGUGUAUUCCACUUUUGUGUGUAUGAGUAUGGUUCAAUGUGUAAAAGGAUGAGAUCUCCAAUGGAAAAAGAAGUGAUAAAAGUGGAGAGUACUGAAGAAGAAAGUGAAGAAGAUGUGCUUGUGGAUGAUGAAGAGAGCACAAAAGGGCUUGAGGAGUCGCCAAGAAGAGGUGGUACAAGUAGAAGACGUGCGAAUUUGAAGAUUGACAGUCAUAAGUUUUAUGAACAUCUAGACAACAAACGAAAUCCGUCGUUUCCGGUUGAUACGACUCAUAGUAGAACGCGCAUACCGUCUUUACUUAUAAAGGACUACAACUUGACAUUUCCCAACAUGGUUAUCGUGCGUGACAAGAUUGGCAUAUUGAAGAGGAGAAUCGCGGUUUGGAAGAACAGAUCCGUGUAUCUAAAUGGAAUCAGUAGUAUCAUCCGAAGGAAUCAUGUGAAGCCAGGUGAUGAAAUGGUAUUCGAACUAAAGAUGGUCAAUGGUUAUCACGGUUUGGUUCACGAAAUCAAGGUCCACAUUAUCAAAGCCUGAUCAUAGUUUUACAUGUUGUUCUACUUCUAUCUUAGAGAAUGUUGAUUGAAAGGUUAAGGUUAUUUAUGUCGUUGUGUUGAUCAUGUUAGUUUUGCAUCUGUUUUGUAUGCCUUCUCUUUUGUUGUAAAACCUCUGGCCACAUAUAUGCAUUUGGAAGAGAAGUCAUCAUUGGCUUUAUGGUCGGUAUAGCUUCAGGGA